AUGACCGCACUUGUCAUGCUGAUGGUCAAGUCCUCCUUAGAGGCGGUCCCCUCGGGCCGGCUGAUGUUGGGGUUCCAGGCGCCCCUAAACGCCUCGUACCCGUUCAGCGCCCGCCGCCUGGGCUCGGCUGCCACCCUCGCCACCGAGCGCGUCAACGCCAACCGCGCGCUGCUAGGCAACCUGACGCUGGAGGUGGCGUUCGUGGACACCGGCUGUGACGCCAAGACGGCGCUGCGUUCCCUCAUCCACCUGCACUGGGACAGCAACAUCUCCGCACUGUUCGGACCGCCCUGCCCUGAGGAGGCUGAGGUCACAGGCCUGCUGGCGUCCAGCUGGAGCGUGCCCAUGUUUGGCUUCGUGGGUCAGUCCCACAAGAUGGACAACGCCGCCGUCUACGACAGCUACAUCAAGGUGGUCCCCCCGCUCAAGAGGAUUGGUGAGGUCCUGGUCAAGGCCCUGGACUUCUUUGGGUGGAACCACGUGGCCAUGCUGGGGGGGGGAGCGGACUCCAACACCUGGAACAGGGUGGACGCGCUGUGGAGGGCCGUGGAGGAGGAGCUACGCGACAAGAAGGUCGUCACGGCAGCCGUCAAGUUCGACUCCAGCAACGACGCCCUGGUCCAGAAAAACAUCAGAUACAUAGCAACCGUCGCUAGGGUGGUGGUGGUGUUGACCACUGCGGAGGACUCCAUGUCUCUGCUCCUGGAGGCUCGACGGCAGGGCCUGAUGUCGGGGGAAUACGUCUUCAUUCUCGUCCAGCAGUUUGAGGACAACAUGUGGAAGUCUGCGGUGAGUAGGGGCGGAGAGAACAUGGUGCGGGCCUUCGACAUGGUCUUCGUCAUUGCCCAGAAGAGCUACGAGGGCUACGAGUACUACGACUUCUUCCAGCAGGUCCACGCCAGGCUGACCGAUGCCCCGUUCUACAGCAACCUGACCUCUGACAUAGAGGUGAGUCCUUAUGCAGCGUACCUGCAUGACGCGGUGCUUCUGUACGCCAUGGGGCUGAAGGAGGUGAUGACCGAUGGAAUGGACCCACGAGAUGGACGAGAAGUCCUCAAGAGACUCAAACACAAGGCCAACAUCAGAUUUCAGGGAGCGUCCGGACUGGUCCACUUUGAUGAGGAGGGGGAGCGGAAUGUGGACUACUCGCUGUACGACCUGCAGCCCGACGGAGACUCCGUCAAGUUCGUCUCCGUGCUCGACUUCGACAGCCAGACGAAGAUGAUGAGGCAGACGCCCAGGUUCAUGUCCGUGUUCUGGCCAAUGGGAAAGCUUCCUACUGACAACCCACUCUGUGGUUUCAACAACGAGCUCUGUGAAUGGCUGUACAACGAUAAGAUGAUGGUGUUGCUGCUGGUGCUGAUGCCUCUGAUGGGUGGAGCUGCGCUGCUCUUCAUCACCGUGCUCACCCUCCAGAAGGUGCGUCUCCAGGGGCGACUAGACGACGCGCGCUGGUGGCAGAUCAACUACAGCGACAUCACCAUCAUCAAAGAGCCCAAGGGUAUGCCUAGCCAGUCUCUGAGCACGACCAUCAGCAAGAGUGCCAGUGGAGGCUCCCAGACCAUCCGGUCCAGCAACAGCCUGCGGGACCCCAGGAGCCAGGACAGCAUCUACAUCACCGUCGGCCUCUACCAGGGGAACCAGGUGGCCAUCAAGUACCUGAAGAACCAGGCGGUGUCCGACGUCAGGAAGCCCUCUGUGAUCCAGGAGUUUAACGUGAUGAGGGAGCUGAAACAUGAGAAUCUGGUGCAGUUCUUUGGUGUGUGCAUCGAGCCUCCCAACGUGUGUCUGGUCAUUCAGUACUGUAAGAAGGGCAGCCUCAAGGAUGUUUUGAGAAACUCUGACGUGGAGUUGGACUGGAUGUUUAAGCUGUCUUUUGCCUAUGACAUUGUCAAUGGUAUGGAGUUCCUGCAUAAGAGCAGUCUGAGGUCGCAUGGGAACUUGAAGUUGUCCACGUGUCUGGUGGACAGUCGUCUGCAGGUCAAGCUGUCCGGCUUCGGCCUCUGGGAACUCAAGCAUGGGUGCAAACACAGACUCAUCCCUAUAGACAACCCCUGCUUUGAGGACCUGUACUGGACGGCUCCAGAGCUGUUGAGGGAUGUGUAUUUCCCCUCUAACGGGACGCAGAAGGGGGAUGUGUACAGCUUCGCCAUCAUCAUGAGAGAGAUCCUCUUCAGCACCGAGGAGGGCCCUUUCCAUGGCAACAAGCUGCAGCCCAAAGAGAUCAUAGGUCUGCUGCGGAGUCCUCCCCCCAGUGGCCCCCUCCGUCCACACCUGGCCACCCACAUGCUACCUGCACAGGUGAAGGGGGAGGGGCUUGUGGAGCUGCUGCAGGUGUGUUGGAGUGAGAACCCCGACCUGAGACCACCUUUCAGCACCAUCAGACGACACCUGAGAGAGGCCAGCCCCGACAGCCACACUAACAUCCUGGACAACAUGGUGAGUAAGCUGGAGAAGUACGCUAACCACCUGGAGGAGGUGGUGGAGGAACGGACCAAUCAGCUCACAGCUGAGAAGACCCGCGCAGACAAACUCCUCUCCAGCAUGUUGCCCAGGUACAUUGCGGAGCAGCUGAUGUCUGGCCAGACGGUGGCGCCCCAGAGCUAUGACAUGGUGUCCAUCUUCUUCUCCGACAUCGUGGGCUUCACCUCCAUGUGCUCCGUCAGCUCCGCCAUGGAGGUGGUGGCGCUGCUCAACGACCUCUACACACUGUUCGACGACAUCAUCACCAUCUACGACGUCUACAAGGUGGAAACCAUUGGCGACGCCUACAUGGUGGCCAGUGGGCUCCCCAUCGUCAACGGCAACAAGCAUGCGGACGAGAUCUCCACCAUGGCGCUGCACUUCCUGGCAGCGAUCCAGCUGUUUAAGAUCCGCCACAUGCCCACCGAGAGACUGGCACUACGCGUGGGCAUCAACUCAGGUCCAGUGGUGGCGGGGGUGGUGGGCACCUCCAUGCCCAGAUACUGCCUGUUUGGGGACACGGUCAACAUGGCCUCCAGGAUGGAGAGCAACAGCCUGCCCCUGAAGAUCCAUAUCUCCCAGAGCACAGCAGACAUCCUGAGGGAGAUGGGCGUCUUCGAGCUCGAGGAGAGAGGAGACAUGGACAUCAAGGGGAAAGGCAAUCAGAAGACAUUCUGGCUGAAGAGUAAGAAGGGGUUUGUGUACCCCCCUAAAGACAGUCCCGGAACCACCAGCCACAAAGCUGCCCUGGAGCAACCAGGACACAGUACCACGGACACAACAGGUCUCCAAGGCAACCUAGGAACUGGCUCUGGACUCUACUGCCCCCUCCUGGACGCUAUAACGGUGCUGAAAGAGUGA